AUGCCAGAUGAAUGUUCCAGCUACAUAUUGAAGAAAAAUGAUAUCAGAAGAUCAGUUGGUGUUUUCCUAACUCCUGAGGACACUUCAAUCUCUGACAACUUCAUGGCAGAUGGAUGGUACAGAUUUGAAAGUGCUGCCGGGAAUGACAUGCCUAUCACAGCACCACCGCUCACCGCCUGUGGAGCGAUGUUUCCGAUUUGGUUACAAGGUACAAUUCCAAGCGUUGCAGAUGGGACGGUGAACAGAACGGCAUGUGUUAGAGACUUUAUGGCAUCGUGUUCUUCUAAACUAGACAUUAAAGUCCGAAACUGUGGGGAAUAUAGAGUUUAUUAUCUCGUGAAAUCAAAUAUGGCCAGCUCCGCUUAUUGCAUAGGAGACAAAGUAGAAUGUCCAGAGGGUUUUGGAUCAGAGACGGGAUAUUCACCAGGAUGUGCUGGUGUGCCGAACAUAACAGUUACUCCAAAUAUUGUUGCCUCUUUGGAAGAAAGCACGUCUUUCUUUCCGAAUAAUCCUUCCCUCAUAACAGUAUUCAAAUGCAUAUUUGAUGAACCUCAGGACAAUACAUACCUUUUUGACGUGCAUUGGUUCAUUGAUGGUGACAACGUGAAAAUUACUAGAAAUCAAACUUUUGAAUCAACGUCGCUCUGGCUUUACCCAGCAGACUGGGUGAAUGAACAUGACUUAAAUAUGAAGGUCAAAUGUUCGGUUAGAAUCCGUUUCUCUAGCGGUGCUGCCCCUGGUAAACAUCAAUACAGUGCAGAAUUCAAUGCAGGAAUAUUUCCCGAAAAGACUGAGUAUACCGUUGCCGAAAGUGAGACAAUUUCAAUCAACUUUAAUGUCACUGUCCCUGUCGGAUGCAUUGCAAAAUCAUUUCAAAGUAACUGUGAUGCAUUAAUCUACUUGUUGACUCCAACCUACCAGUCAAACAUUCAGCAAUGCACGAACUUUUCAAACAGUGACGUCAUUUCCUUCAAAGAAAAUCAUUGCGGAAUGUUAGUCAAAGGUACGUCCUGGAAUUCCACAGUGAGGCUCAAUGUUACAGGAAAUGUCGAUAAUCUGAUCAAUAUAGCUGAUCGAGAAACCAACAUCAGACUUGGUACAACUACCACAAAUGGGAUGGAUCCGUCACGUGUAUGGGACAAUAUAACGAUGCCAGAUAUUAAGGUUUACGUAACUGACAAAGACUUUACAAUUCGGCAUUCAAAUUGCUAUUUCUGGACGGAUCCAAGAUUACGUACAUUUGACGGACGUCAUGGAAGUAUUUAUGAUGUAGGAGAAUUUGUCAUGUACAGUCACAAAAAGAGGAAUAUCAAGAUUCAUGUAAUGACUACACUCUGUGGUGCUGGCUCGUGUUCCUGUGGUAUAGCAGUCCGUGUGGAAAACUCUAUUUACAUUCACCAUCUCUGUCGAGUAAUUUCACACAGACAUACACAUCUUGCCGGCUACCAUACAAAGAUUCUUAGAUUGUGUGACAAACAACACAUGGACAUUAAGGAUACUGGCUAUUAUGUUACCAUACUCUUGCCAACAGGAACAGAAUUGAGAUACCGCUAUUAUGGGUCUUGGGUAAAUUCUAUCAGUAUUUUUCCAUCCUAUUUUGAUGUUGGAAAUACAGAGGGGAUCUGUGGAAAUGCUAAUUUGGAUAGAGGAGACGAUUUCAUUCCUUUUGGCAGUUUUUCUCCCACAAAUAACUUUCUGACUUUUACCAGGAGUUGGAGAAUAACAAAUAUUCAGUCAACUAAAAGUUUGUUCGGACCAAACGUUGAUCUCACAACGUCAGUCAACACUUUGCCAGUAUAUUGUUCAUGCUCAACAGAGACAAAGAGUCUUCAAGACUUUCCAAAUCACUAUACCGCAAAUUGCACCAUUACUGACGCCAUGGUUAAAUGCUCUAAAGUGCAGUGGACUUCUCCAUUUGAAGAGGCUUGUGAAGGGGGACUACGACGGCGGAGAUCGUCAGACAACGGGGACAAUGUUAUUGAGACUCAAACCAUAACAUACGAUCCCGAAUUUGAUCCAGAUUAUAUACAAGAGGAAUCUACUUGGACAAAUGGAUGGACAGAGGAAUCUGCUAGAGCGCAUUGUGAAGACAAAAUUAAUGUUGACCCAUCCUUACUAGAAUGUGGAAGACAUCUGGAUAUGUCAAAUAUGACAUCACAGACGAUCAAUGACUGUAUUCUUGACAUAAAAGAUUCUAAUGGCUCAACUGAAUGGACGUCAGUAACAGUAGAAAGCAUGAAGGAUUACUGCGUGUCCAUGAUGAAAAGAGACGAACGCUUCUAUAUCGUGAACAGUACAAAUGGACAGAGUAUUCUCGACAUGUUUACAUCUUUGGCUUGCUUCAACUAUUGCUCUGGAAACGGCGAUUGCAACAAUGGAGAAUGUAAAUGCAACUCGGGUUACAUAGGAUUUGACUGUUCUCAUUCGAUAACUGUACCACCAGACAACACUAGAAUUCCAAGGCAAGGACUCUGUGGAGAACGUAUAUUAUCAAAUGGAACAAAGAUGAUCAUGGGGACCAGCAUUUCUACAGCCUCUUACAAAGAUUCUUCACUUAUAACGUUAACACUACCUAUAUCCACUCGGAGAAAGAGAGCAACGUCUUCAGAUCCAUAUGCUACUGCAUUCGACGUUCAGUUGUCCUAUGACGCAAUGCACUUUGGAGAGUCCAUGACCUUUAUUGUUUAUGAUGAGCAGUGUUUUUCCUGUAAUUCAACAACUGUUGUCUGUGAAUAUAUGUAUUGA